GCUGGACAAAAGCUCUGGGGGGGGGAGGGGGGGGGCUGCAUCAGUGGACACCCAGUGACAGACAUGGCAGUUCAACUGCACUCCCUCGUUAUCUUACGUGCUCACAACAACUGAACUGAGAUCAGUAGGAUGGGCCAAGAAGAACCAUCCAGGCAUCUACUGCCUCUCUCAUUAGUGGGGUGGGACCAAACGUCCAACCGCAAACACAGCAGUUGGCCCUCGGAACAUAACGCUCACCUGGGUGGAGCUCAGUGCAGCUGGGAUGCAGCCCUGCUUCUCAAGUUGUGCGUCUUUGUGAUGAUUUUCAAACAACCACCUCCAUCAUAAUGAAAGGGGUCACAAUACAUGACCACUGUUCUUUGGGGGAUGUUUAGACAAAACGUCUGAGAGCCGCCCCUGCAUGCUGCCUGCAUGUUUUUGCGUCGGCUGGUUUGUGGACUUUUGUGCUUUUGUCCUCUCCGCCCUGAUAAAUCCCUGUCUAUCAGGAAACCCCUUCGAUUCGCCGUUGGCAGAAGUGACGGAGGAGAGAUAACCACGCCCACUCUGCUGACAGGGCUGUCCCACCAUGAGCUAAUGCCAUUCCAGACAGAUCCCACUAAAACCUCUCUUUCUGCCUCUGGGGUAUUUAUAGGGGAUGCGGUUCUCGCAGGGAGUCAUUCAGCCUGCUGGGCUUGCGGUCUCUCCUAUCUUCCUCCUUCAGUCUCUCCUGCCUUCCACCGCUGACGCCAUGGAUAUCACCAUUCAGCAUCCCUGGCUCCGACGGGCCUUGGGUUCCUUCUACCCCACUCGCCUCUUCGACCAGUUCUUCGGAGAAGGCCUCUUCGACUAUGACCUCUCACCCUUUGGUAGCUCUACCAUCAGCCCCUAUUACAGAGCUUCGCUCCUCCGCGCCUUCAUGGAGUCGUCCAACUUGGGGAUUUCUGAGGUGAGGUCUGACCGGGACAGGUUCUCCGUCUACCUGGACGUGAAGCACUUCUCCCCUGAAGAGCUCACUGUCAAGGUGAUCGAAGGCUAUUUGGAGAUCCGGGGCAAGCAUGAAGAGAGGCAGGACGACCAUGGCUACAUCUCACGUCAGUUCCACCGCCGGUACCGCUUACCCUCAGACGUGGACCAGUCAUCCUUCACCUGCUCGCUGUCUCAGGAUGGCCUGCUCACCCUCUGUGCCCCAAAGGUGACCUCUGUGGCCGACACGGCUCGUGGCGACCGUAGCAUACCCGUCACCCGCAAUGACAAGCCCAGCUCCGCCCCCUCCUCCUAGGCUGGCUCCGCCCUGCCUCUCGAGGCUGCGGACUGGGUGUGAGGAGGUGGAAUCACCCUGUACCUCCCCACUCCCCACAGAUGUCAGUAUGAUCCCAAUUUGUCAUUCCUCUCUCACUAUUGACAUUAUAUCGCUAGCUGUUACUGUAAUAAUUAAUUACUGCUCCUUAUUUACGGCUGUGUGGACCAGCAGAAAGGAAGAGAUAUGGAUAUGGAGAUAUGGAAGAGAUAAGGUCAGUUCGCCCCCCCGGGCCCUAAGCAUCAUGUGACCAACCCCACCUCCAAUCUUCAGCUCUGAUAUAACAUGGCUCCCCUUCUGGAUCCAUCCCAGGGCCCCGAAGGCACCAGCAGUAACUGUUAUGGCAGGUCUGCCUAGCAGUUGACUGAGGGAAAGAGAGGAGCAUAAGAUUGGGGGGGGGGGGGAUAUCAGGUUACGCGGAAGUCACCAGCAACUCCGGCAUGGGGAUGCACUGAGCUCGCUCUUCCUCUUCUCCAUCUGUUCUUCCCAAACAUCUUCCUGAGCAACGGGCUCUGCCACCCCUAUUACUAAUAUUUGUCACAGCAUCUGAUUUCAAAAUAAAGCUGUAAGAUUGACGAAA